AACUUGACCUUGAACAAAAUUCGAAUUAACCUAAAAGUGGAUAAGCAAAAGUGUUUUUAGUGGGUAAAAUUUGUGUUUUGUACUUCAGAUAAGUUGGAUUUAUUUCAAUUAUAUCGUUUUCUACUUUAGUAUUGGAUUGUGUCAACCUGCAUCAUGAUGCAAGAUAUUGAUGAAUUAAAUAAGCAUUUUGCCAAAGAAGAAAUACUUCAGGAAAAAGUUCAAGCAAUUAUUAAUAGACUUUACAUACCAGCUCGGAGUAUGAUAGCAACUAUGCAAAUGAUUCACUGUGAAACUGGAUUUAAAAGUAUACCUUCCGUUUGUCUUGAAGCGCGUUCUCAUCUUGUACAGAUAAAAAAGGACAUACAUGAACUUCAAACUGUGCUACCGGAAUUUGAUUUUUACAGGUUUGUUGAGGUCUGGCAAAAUAUUUUCAGAAGACUGAUAUUCCUGGUCUCACUUCUUGUUUACCUGGAAGAAGAUCGUCUUGUCAGUGCUGAAGAAUUUUCUGAAAUUAUUGGACUAGACAAAUUUUCAAUUGAUGAGGAGAUAUUUAUUACUGCCUGGGUUGAUUUAUCCAAAGAGUUGAUUCGAUUUGCAACCAACAGUGUCACUUACCAGGACUACAAUAAACCGGCUCGAAUCCUAGAUUUUGUUAACAAACUUUACGCUUGUGUUCUAUCUUUUGAUAUUGAUGAGGACGAUGAUGAUCAGCAACUGCUCAAAAAUAUUGAUUAUAUUAAAAACAAUUUGAGAAGUAUUGAGAAAGUCGUCUACUCCUUAUCAAUUAGAAAAUUAUUGGACUGAACAUUUCAAGAGUAAACUGAGACCUCAUUAAGUGUAAAUAAUUUCAUAUUUUCAAUAAAUAAACUAUUAUUAGAUUGAA